AUGGCCUCCUCCUCCCGCCUAUCAUUCCUCCCAUCCUCCAUCCCCACUCCAUCCCCACAGCGCAUACAUGCACUAUACGCCGACUUUUCACGCCAGAAACUGUUCAAUCCGUCAGCUUAUGCCGCAAACGUCGACUGGUGGCGCACUGCCUUGCCCGAAAUUGUUGCAUAUCAUCAAAACCUACAGGACCAUAUUAUGCUGGAUGUGGGGGACAAGCUUAUAGAAAAGUUAAGGAUGGACGUGGGUGCCAGGCCAUUAUCUAUGGACACCGUCACGCUUGAGAUGGUCGAAUCAUCCUCUCUCUAUCCCCUCAUGUCCUUCCUCACCUCCCCUUACUCAAUAUAUGACACAUCCUCGCUGCCCUGGAAGACAGCCACCUAUCUCAUUGGAAAGCCGAUCUGGUGGGCUAUGGGGCAGCUUAGGCUGGUAGGGGACCGUAUACCGGCAGACGAGAGUGUUGCAAGCAGGUGGAAGAGGGCCAAGGGAAAGUACGUCAUCAAGGCAAAUCUGGAGAAAGCGGCAGACGCCAUCCUGGAGCAUGAGCAAUCAAAAUCGCACUUGUCUAUAGUGGACAGAUUGCACAAUGCCGCUUCAUUCCUAAAGGAAUACAGGGAAGUCGCCUUCCCCGGAGUCGUACUUUCAGAAACAGACGUUAAGGCUUUGCUCAAGUACCUUGAGAGGGACCGGAAGGCCAUUGUCAUGGAAAAAGAGGUAAUCAAAUUCAUAGACGAGGACAGCGCUGAAGAAACGAUCACGGAAGUGGACCGCGGUGUGCUAGAGAUGAAGAUCGCUAUCGAACGGAUCGAGUCUCAAAUGGACGACAUUGAGCGUCGGAUGUCCGAGUGCCUGGUCAAAGCCAAACAGGCGCUGGCCAAGAAACAACAGCAAAUGGCCAAGUCAUAUCUACGUUCCCGUAAUCAGCUAAACGAGCUGCUCACGAAGCGCGGAGCUUCGCUGGAGACUCUCCACACCGUGCUGCUGAAGAUCGAGUCCGCCGCAGGCGAUGUCGAGGUCAUGCGUGCUUAUGAAACAUCCACUUUGACUAUGAAGAAGCUGCUCGAGGACCCAAGGCUUCAGAGGGAGUAUGUAGACGACACGCUCGAGAGUAUGGCUGAGGUCCUGGCGGAUUAUGAAGAGGUGGAGGAGGCUACGAAGCUGGGUGGAGAGAGAGUGAGACUCGCUGCUGGGAGGGAGGCGGACGAGAGCGAGAUUGAGGAGGAACUCGAUGACCUGGUCAGGGAACAGGAGAAGCUGAACAACACUGAGGAAGUCAUACGGGCUGCGGAGACUACAAACGAGCAAGUCAAGGAGUCACUUGUCCCUGUCAGAGGGACACGGGUGAAGGAGAACGCAGCAGCCAGAAAGAGCUCGCCCAGAUUAGAAGCUCAGCGACAGACAAUGCUGGAAAGCUGA